AUGAGCUGUAGUGUUAAUACAUUUCAUGACACUCGUCAAUCAACUUCUGAUGAAAAGGUAACUUCACUUACAACACCAGAAACACCUUUGAAUAAUAUAAAAAAAUUAUUUACUGUACUUGGUACAUUAGUAGCAAUAACAAUUAGUGCUAUUGUUUUAGUCUUUUUUUGGUACCGUUUUAAAGCUAUUUUAAAACAAAAGAAAAAAAAGAAAAAUUUUAUUGAACAACAACAACGACAUUUUAAUUCACCAGUUCUUAAUCAUCAUCAUUCAACAGCAAUACAUUAUGCUUCAUCGGAUACAUUAGGUAGUAUACAUAGUGCACACUUAUCUGGUAGUAAAAGUCGUUCAGAAACAUUAAUUGAACCGCCAACAUUACAAUCAUUAUCUAUGUAUAAAAAUCUUGAAGCAAUUGAUAAUGAUCAUAUUAAAACUUUUAUUGAUGAUGAAAGUCUACAACAAUAUUCAACAGAUAAUUCAAUAGCAGAAAUGCAAGCGAUUAGUGAAUGUUAA